UUAUAGCUGCUUUACAGCAGCAUCCAUGGGUGUCGUCUCUCUUGUUUGUGAAGCGUGUUGCACAGUCUGCUUGGUCAAAUUGUACCCAGCCCUGGCCUCAUUGGGCCUGUGAACAAAUUAGUCACCAUGGAAUUGUUAAUGGAUAUGGGUUCAGUGUGACGCAUGAAUUUUCCAUGGUUGCUGGAGAGACCACAUGGAAUGCUUUACUAAAUGCUAUCCCUUGCUAUCCUGCUUCUGAAAGAAUAUAAAAUCUUCAAGUUUUAAGUGUACAUUAUUUUUUUUUUCUUUCCAGGUAUGCUCCGAAAGCUUAAUAUCUCCCAGGAGGGUGACAUGGGAUUCAUGACCCCUGUUGCUGAAAGCAUCUUCAGCGAUGGAGUGAUAAACUGGGGACGUGUUGUAAGCUUAGUAGCGUUUGGGGCAGUGGUAGCCAAGCACCUAAAGCAAGUCAACCUAGAACGCUGCAUCAGGCCUUUGGCAGACCAGAUUUCUACUUUCCUGCUUACACGCCAAAAGGAUUGGAUUGUGAAUAACAGAGCUUGGGAGGGCUUUGUAGAGUUCUUUCGCAUUGAAGAUCCAGAAGCAGGGAUACGACAGGCAUUGAUCACCUUUGCUGGAAUGGCAGGCCUUGGAGCUGGCAUUGCUUAUUUGAUCCGAUGAAUGCGGACUCUACUUAAGGACUUGCAGCAUUUGGUGUGUUUAUCACUGCCAGCUUUAAUCCUUUGGAAGGAUGAAAGGACUGGCAGAGGAGGGCUGAAAAGCACAUUCAGUGAGUUUUAGCCUCUUUGUCCUGCCAGUAUGACUGUGUUGAGUGGCGUGAAGUUUUUUUUUUUAACAUACACAGUGCUUUUUGAGGGGGAUAUAGAGCAGGGAUGUUGCUAUGCUUUGGCAACUUGAAGACUUGAUUGGCUCACUACAUCUUGGACUGAAAGGUCCCAGUGCAUCUGGUGCUUUUUUGUGUUGUAAAGUAUUUAUAUAUAUAUAUAAUAUAUUUUUGCUACUGUGACAUCCCUGGUCUGGUUCCCCUCCAGACAAAACUAACCAAUUGCUUAAUACUUUUUUGUAUAUAAUUAAAACAUAUUUUUCUAUUUUAUUCAAAAAAAAAAUUUUUUUUCACCUUAAAUGUUAAUGCAAAUCCCUGUCUGUGUCCUGCCAUAAUCACUUUCAUUCCCCUAGUUCAAAAUUAAGAGCACUUACUUUGUUCCAUAGUUUCAUUUUUGGUAUAUACAGUUACCAUUUUUUGCUCCCACUCCCUCACCUUCGUUCACUUAAACAUCGCAAUCUGUUUAAUUUGUUUUGAUAGUGCUUUUAAAUGUUCAACUGUUAGUAGAUUUAACAUAAGUGACCUGGGAUAUCUAUAUAUUUUUUCCCUGUGCCCCAAUUUUGCUAUUUAUAUUAAAUUAGCAAAUUCUAACAUUGGAUGCCAGCUUCAAAAAUCUCUGUGCCUGCUUAUAAUGUAUUCUGUGAAUAGGAAGCAGCAUUGGGACUAUUCUGGACUAUCAGUGCCUCUUGAAACGUGUUGAGGGGCUUAAAGUUUUUCUGAACACAAAUGAUUUGUCUGAAUUUGAGACAACACAAUAAAAUUUUUUGUUCCAUUGA